CUCGAUUUCCCCUUUUCUGUUUGCCCUUUUGAUUUGAACAUAGCCUUAGCUCAACUCUCUCUGGCUCUCUCUGUCUCUCACCAUGUUCUACUCUCACCAGCUUCUUGCUCGCAAGGCUCCGCUCGGUCAAAUUUGGAUGGCUGCGACGAUGCACGCAAAAAUAAACCGGAAAGGGCUAAACAAGCUUAAUAUUAUUAAGAUCUGCGAAGAGAUUUUGAAUCCAUCGGUUCCCAUGGCUCUCAGACUCUCUGGAAUUCUCAUGGGAGGAAUUGUGAUUGUUUAUGAAAGGAAAGUGAAGCUUCUUUACGAUGAUGUUACCCGUCUUCUGCUUGAAAUAAAUUCAGCGUGGAGGGUGAGGACAGUCGCAGACCCUACAAUACUCCCUAAGGGAAAAUCCAAGGCCAAGAAAGAGUUUAUUACUUUACCUGAGAAUGAAGAGACAAAUGUUGGAGACAUGGAGCAGUCCGUGAACCCCAUGGAGUUUCUUCAACAUGAUGCCUAUAUCACCAUGCGACUUGAUAGUGUGGACGAACCUUAUAUUUCUAAUGAAGCAAAGGAGCAAGAUGCAUCCCAACCUCUUCAUCAAGCUGAUGUAGAGAAUAUUACCUUAUCUGAACGUUUUGAAUCAUUCCAAGCUAAUGCGGAUCCACAUUAUCGCUUUGAAAGGUUUGAUAUUGAAGGAGAUGAGACAACGCAAGUGAACUUUACUUAUGGAGAUACUACUCAAAUUCCAACACUUAUACCCUCCCCUCCUCACCAAGUUGAUCCGACAGGAGACAUAAUUCAAGACCAACAUCCAGGAUCCCAAGUCAAUCAGCAAUCUGAUCAACGCAUGGAAGAAAGACAGGAAAAGAGAAGACGAGGCCUUAUGAAAAGGAAAAGAAGACAACCAGUAAGAAAUGCAAUGGAUUAUGAACAAACUAUCAUUCCUGUUCAUUUAUACCAGUCAUGGCUGCAAAAUGCUUCUGAUAUAGUCUCAAGAGGAAGGAAGAGAAAGCGCUCUGAUAUCACAUCUAGAAGAAAGACAGCUAACCUCAUGGAGCUGCCUCCGGUUGUGCUAAUUGGUAAUUUAUUUACAAGCGGAAAUAGAGAUGUGUAUUAUCCGUCUCCUAUUCUAGAGUUAUGGUAUAAGAGCACUCAACCUUCCCAGGAGUCACCAUCAGAGAGGACUUCAAUACCCCAGCCUCCAGAGCCCUCGUUUUCGUCACCUCCAGGAUUGCAUCAAGACGAUUUUGUUGGAAUUCCCGUUGUAGAUUUUCACAGUGGAUCAGACGGUCUAUUAACAUCGAAAGAGAGGUUCCGGGACAAUGUUCUUGGUACUGGAAACUUCAUGGAUGAACUGAGGGCCAACCUUGACAAUGGUUCAAGAGCGCCUAAAGCAGCUACUCCUAAGGUUGCGUCAAGAAAUUCUGGAGACAGUGCAGAUUGCUUUCCAAGAUCAGUAUCUGAACAUGGCCCACUAUCUGAAUAUGGCCCAGCAUCUGAUCAUGGCCUCUCCUCAGAUUCAGAGUUAUUUAUGGGAAGUUUCAGGAAGAAAAGGCAUUCAAGCUUAGAGCCAGUGGCUGAGAACGCGAAUUUCAAGUUUGCUGGGUUGUCUGAUUGUGGUCUUACGCCUGAUCCAGAACUGUUAGUGGAAACGGUACGCACGCAGACGCAAGUGCAAGUGAACAUUAAAAAUGCUUUGGACAAUAUGACUGAUUCUAUUAGAACGCAUAUAAAAGCUCAUUUUGACACGCCAGGAGCUCCUCAAAUAGAAUCCCUCCAUGUCCUUGCAGCUGGAAUGACUCGGAAAUCUGCAGCCCUACUUUUCUAUCAGACUUGUGUUCUUGCCUCCCGUGAUGCCCUGAGAGUCGAGCAAUCGAUGCCCUAUGGAGAGAUCCUAAUUUCUAGAGGAUCGAAACUGUGAUGAAAGGGUAAUCACACAUGUCCAACAUUAUACAUACUUCACCAAUCCAAGCUUGCAGGUGCUGGAUAGGAAUGUUUAGUUGAAAAAGAGCCAGCAAGCGCUUAGGUAGGCACGCAAAUUACGCCAUUGAUUAUCUUUCUAACGUAUAGCGCAUGACCAAAAUGAACUCUUCAGUCUUCUUGCGGUUGCUCCAAGUAAGAUUCUUCCCAUUUUGUUCUGGCGGGGAAUUCUAUUCUCUCAAGGGUUAGGAAGGAUCGUGGAACUCUUAUUUAGUAUUUUGGUUUGUAAUCUUUGCUUUUAUUUUGCUAGCUGAUAAGACCGUUGUUUUUUUGAAACAAAAAAAAUAUCAACAUGCUAUAUAUAU